GGAUCCGCAAGCCUCCGAGGUCUUGCACUCUGGCGCACUCGGUGCCCUCCGCUCCCCGAGUAUCGGCUCCGGGCCCCGCCCCUCAGAACCCAGCUCCCCUCGGCCCCGCCUCCUCAGAGACUCGGCUCCGGGCCCCGCCCCUGAGAACCCGGCUCCUCUCGGUCCCAUCCCCCACCCGCCCUACCCACCCCCCAAUCCUGGGGCUCAGCCCCUGGCCCCGCCCGGCGCGGCGACCCAGAACCGGGCAGCUUGCAGAUGCGCUCCCUCCGCCCGGCCAGGCGGGGGCAGAGCCGGCCUCUGGUGGAGAGGACUCCAGCUGCGGGAGGUGGAACCCGGUGGGAAGCCGGUGUCGCGGCCAUGACAGUGCUGUCCCGCGGCUCCUCGCUCCUCCGUGGCCUGCUGGGCCGAGGGCCGGCGCUGGGCGGGAGCGCGGCACGCCGCGUGGUGUCCCCGGGAACGGCCGGGCGCGCGUCCGCUGGCUUUCGGAGCUGCAGCGUGAGAUAUGAAGCUGUCAUCAUCUCAGGAACUGAAAUGGCAAGACAAAUCCAGAAAGAAAUACAUCGAGGUGUGGAAUCAUGGAUUGCCCUUGGGCACAGAAGACCUCACCUCAGUAUCAUUUUAGUGGGAGACAACCCAGCAAGCCAUACAUAUGUCAGGAACAAGAUAAAAGCUGCCUCAGCAGUAGGUAUCUGUAGUGAGCUCAUUCUAAAACCUAAGGAUGUUUCUCAGGAAGAACUUUUGGAUAUAACUGAUCAAUUGAACAUGGACCCAAGAGUCAGUGGUAUAUUAGUUCAGUUACCACUUCCAGAUCACGUGGAUGAACGAACAAUAUGCAAUGGAAUUGCCCCAGAAAAAGAUGUGGAUGGAUUUCAUAUUAUCAAUAUUGGAAGACUGUGUCUUGAUCAGCAUUCUCUCAUACCUGCCACUGCCAGUGCUGUUUGGGAAAUAAUUAAAAGAACAGGAAUUGAAACAUUUGGGAAAAAUGUGGUUGUGGCUGGACGAUCCAAGAAUGUAGGCAUGCCCAUUGCCAUGCUUUUGCACACUGACGGAGAGCAUGAACGGCCAGGAGGUGAUGCAACUGUCACCAUAGCUCACAGAUACACUCCCAGAGAACAACUGAAGAUCCAUACACAGCUGGCGGAUAUUAUCAUAGUAGCUGCGGGUAUUCCAAAGCUGAUUACAUCUGAUAUGGUUAAAGAAGGUGCUGCUGUAAUUGAUGUGGGUAUCAACUAUGUCCAUGAUCCGGUAACAGGAAAGACAAAAUUAGUUGGAGAUGUGGACUUUGAAGCUGUUAAGAAGAAAGCUAGUUUUAUCACUCCAGUUCCAGGAGGCGUGGGACCCAUGACAGUGGCGAUGCUUCUGAAAAAUACUCUUCUGGCAGCUAAAAAAAUCAUUUACUAGACCAUGUGAGAGACUCAAGCAACUGAUGUCACGCAGUGUAUUUCUUUGAUAUAGGGCAAAAACCUUUAUAUUUUACUACAAAGUUAUUUAUUUCUACAUUAUAUUUAUUUUUUCAUGGAUGAAAUCAUUGUGGAUCAGAUGAUUCAUGCAACUCUGUGCAUUUCCUGCUAACUGAUUUGAGUUUUAGGAAAAACCAAAAUAAUUCCAGUGAAAUUUUGGUAAUGAAUUCUUAUUUUAUGGAUAAUUUGUUCAUAAUGUUAAAACAUUAAAGGGUUCAUAAUAAAUAAAUAUAUUUUUGACACAAUUAACUAUUGCACACACUAUGUUUUCAACAAAUAUUUUGGCAAAUGGGUACCCACAUACAAUGUAAUUUGGGUUUUAUCAUAGGCAUGCUCAAUUUUUGCUGUAUUCCAUGUUUUAUGUCAUAUGCUGAGAAAGGUCUUACAUGGUAAAAGAAAGAUGGAAUACUGAAAAUAAAAAUCUUCCCAAAUGUAACCUACAAGGCCUCCCUAAUGAGAAAUGGAGUUCUCUUUAAGAAAAAUAGUCAAGGAAGGCAAAAGGUACAUUGCAACUUGUAAAAGUAAUGAUUAUAUCACAUUGUGAAUAAUUACUUGCCAUAAUAAAAAUAUAUGAAGAAUGUGUUAGGUUUAUAUAUCAUUCUUUCUUCCUGUAAAAAAUAUUUGGACCACAUUAUCACUGAAAAAAUGAUGGAAAAAUCUAAAAAUAAAUAAUAUCAAAAUAAAACUUUGGUUGUAUUUUUCCGCAAGUAUCAAAAAAUAACGUAUUGUAUGAGUGAAGCAAUCAUUAAAGAAUAGUAACUGAUAUGCUUAUUCACAGAUUCAGCAAUCUUAUAAGAAAAAGUAAUACAUUCAGUGUGCCAAAACAAAACUUUUGGAUGCAACUAAAACUCUAUUGUUUUGUGCUCUCAGUUCUUCUCUCUUCUAUUAUGGCAUUUUGUUCUCAAAAUAGAGGUAAUGUUCCUAACACAAUUCAAAUUAGGAAAUACAUGUGAAUGUUAGUUGAAGGCUAUUUUGAGGAUACUGGAGCCAUAUAAUUGGUGUUCUGUUUUCAUGCCCAAAUCCCAUUAUGUUUAUGUAAAAAUAAUGAUUCAUAUUCAAUGCAUGUUUUUUAUCAGCAUGUUCUCUUGACCAUUUGUGUGAAAAUAGACUUGAUGUUUAUA